ACGACUUGCAACAUGUUGGAUGUUUUUGGAUCCUUAAAGGUGUUGCUGAAAAUCGACGAUGUAUAUAUCGAUAACGUUGUUUUUCGAUUGCACUACAGAGCGACCGCUGUUAUCCUGUUAGCGUGCUCGAUUCUCGUAACAUACAGACAGUACUUUGGCGAUCCGAUUGAUUGUAUAGUCGAUGAUAUACCAAGCAAAGUUAUAGACACAUACUGUUGGAUAUACUCGACGUUCACCAUCCCUAAGUGGAAUAAAGGAAAAAUUGGCAAAGACGUGCACCCGGGUGUCUCAACUUACGACGAUAGUGCUGAUACAGUCAAGUAUCAUAGAUAUUAUCAAUGGGUUUGUUUUGUGUUGUUCUUCCAAGCCAUGUUCUUCUACGCACCCAGGUACUUGUGGAAGGUAUGGGAGGCUGGACGCAUGAGAGCACUGGUUCUAGAUCUCAACUGUCCAAUCGACUUCGAUCCUGAACAUAAGGAAUCAUUAAUUAACUACUUUGUCAAAAACCUACACAUGCAAAAUGUCUAUGCUAUCAGGUAUUUCCUCUGCGAAUUCCUUAACUUGUGCAACGUCCUACUACAGAUGUAUUUUAUAGACUACAUUCUUGAAGGUGAGUUUAGUAGAUAUGGCUAUGAAGUGUUAAGAAUGACUGAAAUGAAACCGGAAGAUCGUACGGAUGUAAUGUCUCGAGUGUUUCCUAAAGUCACCAAAUGUAUAUUCAAAAAAUAUGGUCCAUCUGGUUCUAUUCAGACGUUUGAUGGUUUGUGUUUAUUGCCGCUAAAUAUUCUUAACGAAAAAAUUUUUGUAUUCCUUUGGUUCUGGUUCUGGUUUAUUGCCAUUAUUAGUGUAUUAAAUACUGUGUAUCGUACAGUUAUCAUUUUGAUACCCGUUUUCCGUUUACUUUUAUUGAAAUCAAUAACUGAUCACACUUCUCAUGACAAAUUAAAAACUUUAAGUCAGAAGUUUUGGAUAGGAGAUUGGUUUGUUUUUUAUCAAUUAGGCAAAAACACUAGUCCUGUGAUUUUCAAGGAAAUAAUAUUAGAUUUGACCAUGAAGUUUGAGGAAAAGGAUAAUGUGUAA